AUGGACCGGAUCCAGCGCCUGUUCCAGACGCAGGCGGCGGCGGGCGGCGCGGGCGCGCCCGAGGCUCCCGUCGUCGACACCGCCGAGAUGGUCUACAUCUCGUCGAUGGCGCUGCUCAAGAUGCUCAAGCACGGGCGCGCGGGCGUGCCGAUGGAGGUGAUGGGGCUGAUGCUGGGCGAGUUUGUGGACGACUACACGGUCAAGUGUGUGGACGUGUUUGCGAUGCCGCAGAGCGGCACCGGCGUGAGCGUCGAGGCGGUCGACCCGGUCUUCCAGACCAAGAUGCUCGACAUGCUCAAGCAGACGGGCCGGCCCGAGAUGGUCGUGGGGUGGUACCACUCGCACCCGGGCUUCGGGUGCUGGCUGUCGGGCGUCGACAUCAACACGCAGCAGAGCUUCGAGGCGCUCAACCAGCGCGCGGUCGCGGUGGUGGUGGACCCGAUCCAGUCCGUCAAGGGCAAGGUCGUGAUCGACUGCUUCCGCUCCAUCAACCCGCAGCUCAUCAUGCUGGGGCAGGAGCCGCGGCAGACGACGUCCAACAUCGGACACCUGCACAAGCCGUCCAUCCAGGCGCUCAUCCACGGGCUCAACCGGCACUACUACUCGAUCGCCCUCUCGUACCGCAAGAACGAGCUCGAGCAGCAGAUGCUGAUGAACCUGCACAAGAAGAACUGGACCGACGGCCUGCGCGUCUCCGACUACGAGAAGCACUCGGAGGAGAACCGCAAGUGCGUCACCGAGCUGACCGAGCUCUCCGCCGCGUACGAGAAGGCCGUCAAGCAGGAGAUCGAGCUCUCCGCCGAGCAGCUCGUCGUCGCCACCGUCGGAAAGGUGGACGCCAAGCGGCGAAUCGAGGAGUCCGUCGUCAAGCUGAUGAGCGCAAACAUCGUCCACUGCCUCGGCACCAUGCUCGACACCGUCGUCUUCUGA